AUGCCGUCGUCUUCCGUCACACUCUCGCUUCCCGCCGCGGCCGACGAGUCCGUGUUCAGCUCCGUCUCGAGCUUCUUCUCGUCGCUCUUGCCUACCGUCCACGCCGAGGAGGUAAGUUUUGGUAUACUGCCAGCAUCGACAGCAGCAUCGCCCCGCCCCCUUUCGGAAGAAGACGAGAUCGAAAUUCAAGCGCACAUCUACCGCGAUCUACCGCUGCCUCACUGCGUGGAGUCCUCGGAGGACGCCGAGUCCGAAGACAAGGAGGAGGCCGAGGAAGAAGAGGAGGAGGAGGAGGAGGAAGAGGAGGAGGACGAGCCCGAGGACCCUGCGCCUGCGAUUUACGAGGAGUGCGAGAAGUCCAAGGCAUGUGCUCCGCUCAAGCACCACUUUGACGAGUGCGCCAAGCGCGUCAACGAAGGCAAGGGCUUCGAGGGCGAAAACUGCAUCGAGGAGUUCUUCCACCUCUCGCACUGUGCGCAAGAGUGCACCGCACCCAAGCUCUUCGCCAAGCUCGUCUAG